AUGGCCGGGACUGUUGCGCGUAAAGCCAUCGACCAUCUUAAGAGCAAAGAGUUCAGGGAUUAUUUGACGAGGUGUCAUUUCUGGGGCCCUGUAGCAAACUGGGGUCUCCCUAUAGCUGCCAUCACAGAUAUGAAGAAGAGCCCAGAAAUUAUCAGUGGCAGAAUGACCUUCGCAUUGUGCUGCUAUUCACUACUCUUUAUGAGGUUUGCUUACAAGGUUCAGCCACGUAACUGGCUCCUGUUUGCCUGCCAUUUGACCAACGAGACAGCACAACUAAUUCAAGCAAGUCGUCUCAUCAAAUUCAAUAUGGAGAAGAAGAUAGGAUCUUAG